CUUUUAUUUUCUUUUUCUCUCUCUUUUUUUUCCCUGUCCGCUUUGCUUCGCCUGAGCCCUGAGCCGCCGCCUCCCGUACUCCCUUGCGAGCUGGGGUUUUAGCGGCGGCGGCGAGAGGAGAGGAGGAGGAGGAGAGGGGAAGAUGAGCCGGAGCCUGGGGAUCCCGGUGAAGCUGCUGCACGAGGCGGCGGGGCACGUGGUGACGGUGGAGCUCAAGACCGGCGAGGUGUACCGCGGCGCCAUGGUGGAGUGCGAGGACAACUGGAACUGCCAGCUCGACAACAUCACCUUCACCGCCAAGGAUGGCAAGGUGUCGCAGCUGGAGCACGUCUUCAUCAGAGGAAGCAGAGUGAGAUUUAUGAUUAUACCGGAUAUGCUCAAGAACGCACCCAUGUUCAAGCGCCUGGAAGCAAGGAUUAGGGGCAAAGGAUCAGCUAUUGGAGUCGGGCGUGGCCGUGCGGUUGCAAUGCGUGCCCGGGCUGCUGCUGGUCGUGGUGGUGGUCCUGUUGGACGGGGUGGUGCACCUCCGGUGAGGAGAUAGAUUGUCUGUCAUCUAUUAUCUGCCUGAGGAAGUUGAUGCCUUAAUUUGAAAACAUUGCUUGAGAAUUAAACAGCCAGUGUGCAUCUUGUCUGAUCAAUCCGCUUAAAGGAGGAUGCAUGCAUGUUGGUGGCGUCGAUUUCAUGUAUUUUUAAUGUUAGAUAUGGUAGGUUGAGUAUGAUAUUUCAAAGGUAGAAACAUUGUGUUCGUUAACCUGAUUUGAAUGACAAGACCAGUUUCCCCUGUCAUUGAGCGAAUUUCCUUUUGUAUCUACCAGUUUAGUGGCCGUUUGGAACGCAGUGAUUCUUAAAAUUCAUGUGCUCCAAAGGCCUAGUGGUUAUCUGGCAACUUCCUGAAUCGGAUGCUUCUUAUAAGUUAUUAUAACGCA